ACUUCUGUUUGCCGGGCUGCCUUCUACUAGCCGCUGACGUGUCUGUCAAUUUUUAUGCCUCUCGAUUUGGUUGUGAUAUAAAAUUUUCCAACUCAAAAAAGAAAAUUAUUUAUCACGUUUUUUGUGCUCAAACAAAUUAAAUAAUCAUGUUUAAAUUAGGAAUUCUAGUGUUACUCUUGGGAACACAAUUAUUCUGCGCCUCCCAAACAACAGCCCUUCACACUGUCUCUAGUCAUUUGAGUUCCUCGGAUUUAUCACGCCUCCAGAAUGUCUUUAUCGAUGGUCUGUCAUCGAAUGAUUUACAAUCGAUCUAUUACUCCACUGUGAAUGUCGAGACAACAAAUGAAGCUGAAAAAAUUGCCCUCUGCAAAAAGAUCCAUGAAACUUAUUUGGAUUCCAAAUUGAAUGAAUUUGAGAAAAACUUUUAUUUAGUUGGAGCACAUAAAAAUGCCAAAUGCACAACUUUGGCAAUUCCCCAAACAGUUUUGAAUAAAAUCUCUAGUUCAUUUAGUAAAGACGCUGCAACAGCUCAAGAGAUUUUCUUUAAUCUGUUUGCUUCGAAAGCAAUGGGCGUGACAAUUGAUGCGGGCACUUCUAACAAAAUUGCCAAGAAUCUUCAGAAUAUUCUCAAAAAAGACGAUUCAUUGAGUAGUUUGGGAUAUGCUUUUUAUAUUGCUGCUGAAGUUGGUGCUCCAGCUGCAUUCGUCGCUGAUCGUGUUGAAGAUGCUAUUGUGCAAGCUGAUGAAGUUGAUGGCAAGAUGUUACAAUUCGAAGGUGGUUUGAGUAUUACAGCGUUGAUUGUUAAUGGAGCUUUUAAGGUGACCAAGGCUUUGGGUAAACCUGCGCCAGUUACUGAAGGACAAGCUGUUAAAUUGGCUACAUAUUUCUUGAGUCGUCGUUCAGUGCAAACACCGAAAGGAGUUCAUGUUCUUAUUGAAGCUUUGAAGACUUUGAGCGAAGCUGACAAGAAGGUGGCCCCUAUUUGCAUCCAAUUGGUCGGAAACGGACAACUGCAAGCUGAAUCUCCUCUUUUGACCAUCGAAGUUGUAGAUCUCCUCGGAAAACCUUUGUCACCAUUCCCACAGAGCAUCACUGGCAAAAUUGUUGUUAAAAAAGGAAACACCGUUCUCGCUGAAAAGGUUCAAUUUGUCUCGAAGAGCUCCGACAAAACCACCUAUGCUGCAGAUUUGAUUACUUUCAAGCCCGCUAGAGGCAUUUACACCGUUGACAUUGUCGCCGAUAGCUACACCCAAACUCUGAACUUUAAGGUCCUCGGAAAAGUCAAGGUUCAUUCAUUGGAAGUUGGUGUUGGAGAUUCUGAUGCAUCUUCAUCCAUCAAGAAGCAAUCAGUUGUAUUCCCUAGCACAUUGUCCGAAACCCUCUCUGCUGACCACACUCAGAAAUUGAUCAUGAAAGCAGCCCUUGUCGAUGAUGGUACAACAAAAAUGAUGACCGUUCACCAGGCAUUUGUCCGUUUAGCCAACCAAAAGACCGAGGAAGAGAUUAUCUAUGUUGCCGAACAGGAUUCCUCCAAGGCAUACAAAUUUGACAUGGAUGUCGGUGCUAGAGGAGGUGAUUUUGGAUACAAAUCAGGAGUUUAUAAAUUGGAAUUGAUUGUCGGCGAUGCAUCUCUUUCGAACUCAUUCAAAUGGCAUGUGGCUAAUGUUCAAUUGAAAUUCUCUCAAGACGCCAGGAAGGAUAACCAAUCUCAAACAAUUCGUGCUCCAAGACCAGAAAUCGUUCAUCAGUUCCGCGUGCCUGAGAAACGUCCACCACGUCUGGUGUCUGACAUCUUCACUGGGCUCUGCCUAAUUCCAUUGGUGAUGUUGUUCAUUUUAUGGGCAAAACUUGGCAUCAAUGUCUCGAACUUUACCUUCAGUCUGAGUACGAUUGGAUUCCAUCUUGGACUCGGAUCCAUUCUUGGUCUCUUUGGCCUUUUCUGGUUAAGAUUAGACAUGUUCCAGACAAUUCGUCUGCUCAUUCCAAUUGCUGCGGUAACAUUCCUAUGUGGUAAUCGACUUCUGCGGCGAAUUGCUGGACAAAAGUCUGCGCAGUAAGAUCUUCUAAAUUUAAUUCCAACACACACACAAAAAUUAAAGUAAAACCGUCAUCACUAAUGUUGUCCAGUUGAUGAGUCCUAAAGUUCUUCAAAGAAAAAAAAAACAGAGCUGUUCAUUAGUAAUAGUUGAAUUUAUGUCACACAAAAAAACAAAAACGAAAAAGUAAAUGAAAGAAGGUGCUUCCCUGAGGAGGAAGAAUGAAUGAAGCAUUUAAAUGGAAUUUUCUUCUGAUAGAUAUUUUUGUUUUGUUUUUUAUUUCAUCACUUAAGUUAAUCUAUUCAGAGCUGGUGUAAGAAACUUCUGUUUGAUUGAAGUUUCUUUUACGUAGCACAUUCUUUUUUUUUAAGGAAACAAUAAAAAAAGUAUGUAACUAAAAUUAAUAA